AUAAAAAUGACAGAAGCACCUAACAAAAUUACUAAAAAUAAACUGACUGAACGUUUAUUAAACUCUGUUGUUGCAUUUAAAUACCAUAGCUUUAAUGUACUCAUUUUAUCUCAUACAUGUAGUGCAUUAGUUUGAUUUAUUUGGCUGCAAUUAAUGUUUAGGACUUAAUUUUAAUGUCUAAAAUCAGACCAAAAUGGCUUUAAUUGUGUUUUACUGUUGAGGAAUGUAGCUAAGAUGAUGUGACAUGAUGAUGUCAUAAUUUGGAAUUUUAGAAUGUUCCGCCUAUAAAAGCAGCAAAGCUGUCAGAUUCUGAAUCAUUUCUGACUGAUCCAUCUGACUAAGGCAUUCCCUUUGCAGAUACAACAGUUGCGACAGCUAAUUUUUACUUAGCAUUCGUGAUUUGUACUCAGCCAUUGUGAGUUCCACACAGCGGUUUGCUUUGGUCCAAGAGCUUUCUGACAAAAAAGCUUUCAGAGACCACGUGAAAAUGACCACGUGCUAUGGUUUAGGUGAGGUUAAAGGCGAAAGAGACCAGUCGGGCCCUUUGUUUGUGGGUAAUUUGCACCCACAUGUAACCGAACAGGUGCUGCUUUCGGUCUUCCUCCCAUUUGGACCAGUCUGUUUUGUGAAAGUGUGCAGAGACAGAGCAACCAACCUCUCUCGUGGGUUUGGCUUUGUUACUUUUGCACACCGUCACGAUGCAGAAAACGCCCUAGAUGCUUUGAUUUUUUCUGAGCUCUUGGGCAAACCCAUGCGAAUCAUGUGGGCUCAACGCGAUUCCACUUUGAGAAAAAGUGGAAUUGGAAAUAUAAUUAUUAAGGGCUUAAUAAGAAACAUCGAUGACCUUGCCCUCUAUGACACUUUCUCAUGCUUUGGGGAAGUUCUUUCCAGCCGAGUGGUCUGCGACAGUAAUGGUCAACCUAAAGGCUAUGGUUUUGUCCAUUAUGCCACACCAGAGGCUGCUGAACUGGCAAUUGAGAAGCUAGAUGGUAUGCUGCUAAAUGACCAUCUAGUUUCUAUAAGCCAUUACAAGCCCUACGAGGAACGCCAGGCAAACCAAAAUGCCAACUCCAAAUGCUGCAGAAAGAAAGACAACAGUCUUUAUAUAUCCAACCUGCCAUACAGCUUGGGCAGUGAGGAGCUGUGCUCCCUGUUUUCUGCGUUUGGAUAUGUGACCAGUGCAAAGGUUAUUAUGAACAACAGCCAGAGCAUGGGUUAUGGGUUUGUUUCAUAUUCCUCGAUUAAUGAUGCCAAUAUAGCUGUAUCAUUAAUGAAUGGCUAUAUUGUUGGCAACCGGCCACUGAAGGUUGCUUUCUCCCAUGGUGCAGAAAAAAAGGAAAGAGAACCCUAGCAAAGAAAAGAAAACAGAGGAAAAAAAUCUUAAGCCUAUUAAAAAAAAAAAAAAAAAAAAAAAA